AUGCACACCACAGCCAUAGCUUCUUCUUCAAGUUGCUCCAUUUUCUUCAACCCUCUUCUCAAUUUCACCCUUUCAAAUCCCAUAACUCCACCCAAAUCCCCAUUCAUUUCGACCUUUGUAGCAGUUUCCGAUGGAUUGCAGCCUCAAACAUUGACCAUUUGCGCUAGAAAGAAGAAGAGAAGUCCUGGAUUCCAGAGAUCAACCAAAUUAGUGCUUGAAUUGGCUUCUCUCUUAGCCUCCAAUAUCAAGAUCUUACCGCCACCUCUGGAUUUAGUCGUCGCGGAAUUGAGUGGAGGAGAUGGAAACGGAGGUGGUUCGAGGCUGUGGAGGGGUUUUGGUGGAGGUGACUAUGAUGGAUGGAGAGGUAAAAGGAAGAAGACGCCAUUGUUUAUUGGGUUUUUGAUGGUUUGUGGUUUGGUUUUGUUGUUUGUGACUGAUUUUGAGAUCAAUGAGGUUUGUGGGAUUCUUGGAUUUGCUGUAUUCAGUGUUGCAUUGAUUCAAUUGUGGCAGAAAAUCGGGAUUUCGAAACAUUUUGUUUUGGGGUUUGGCCUUUUUGGCAUUUUGAUUGCCUUGGGAUUGAGAAGAUCUGAAGUGCAAAAAUGGGUUAGGAAAUUAGGGUUUUACAGUCCAAAGAUGAAGAGUUUGAGAAGAAAACUUAAAGGUAGGAGAAUCUUCUGAGCGAGCUAUUCGAUAAAGAAUAUGUUAUCUAAUAAGCAUUUUUUUUCUUCGAAUGAGAUUAUAGCGAGGGAUUUAAUAGAUAUAUCCCCUUCAUAUCUUUAACAUAAUUCUUACUCGAUGGUUCACUUCCAUAAUCUUCAAUCUCGCAUUUCUGAUUGAGAACGAAGAUAAUGAACCAGAGUUAUUACACUAUUUUGAGUUUCUUGGAAAAAUGCAAAACCAUGAAGGAGUUGAAACAGAUUCACAGUCUGAUGAUCAAAACUUCAGUCGUCAAGAACAUAAUCCCCUGCAGCAGACUUAUUGAUUUUUGCGCAAAUUCCGAACUGGGUGACAUUGAAUACGCCAGAACAGUAUUCGAUCAAACUGAUCAGCUAACUGUCUACGUCUGGAACUCGAUGAUUAAAGGGUACUGCAAUGGCGGUGACAAGUUUGGAGCUCUGUUUAUGUAUGAAGAAAUGCAGCGUAAAGGCUUCUACCCGGACCAUUUCACCUUCCCUUUUGUGUUGAAAGUUUGCUCUGUAAUCGAUCUUCUUGUGUAUGGACAAAGUGUUCAUAAUCGAAUCGUGAAAACUGGGUUUGAAUUAGAUGUGUACACUUCUUCUUGUUUGCUCAAUAUGUAUGUUUCUUGUGGAGAUUUGAAUUCUGGGCUUAAGGUGUUUGAGUUUAUUCCCAAAUGGAAUGUGGUCGCUUGGACUUCCUUAAUUGCAGGGUUUGUGAACAAUGAUCAGCCCAAAGAAGCUUUGAGAUUGUUCAAAGAUAUGGAGAAUGAAGGUGUGGAGCCUAAUGAAAUCACCAUGACCACUGCCUUGGCUGCAGCUGCUCGUUGUAGGGAUAUCCAUACUGGGAAACUGGUCCGCUAUCGUCUUCGCCAACUUGGUUUGGAUCCAUUUCACACAAACUCUCGCUUCAAUGUAAUACUUGCAACUGCAAUCAUGGAUAUGUAUGCAAAAUGUGGCAAGUUGGUGACUGCACGGAAUCUGUUUGACAAGAUGCCUCAAAGAAACUUGGUUGUUUGGAAUUCAAUGAUCAGUGCUUUUAGUCAAUAUGGUCGAGGAGCAGAGGCUUUGCGUCUUUUCGUUGACAUGGAACUGGCUGGGUUUGUUCCUAAUAAAGCAACGUUUUUGAGUGUGAUAAGAGCUUGCACCCACCUGCGGUUUCGAUCAACAGGACAAAGUUUACAUGCUCGUGUGUUGAAAGCAAAUUUCCAUGAGUUUGUUGCCAUUGGAACUGCUCUUAUGGACAUGUAUGCCAAAUCUGGAGAUGCAGAUACUGCAUUGAAGAUCUUCAGCAAGUUGAGGAAGAAAGAUGUAAUGGCGUGGACAACGAUGAUAUCAGGCUUAGCAAUCCAAGGUAAAGGCAAAGAAGCGCUGAAUGUGUUCAGAAGAAUGGAAGAAGAAGCUGAAGUUGCUCCUGACCAAAUCACCUACAUAGCAGUUCUAUGGGCAUGCAGCCAUCUCGGGCUGGUCGAAGAGGGUCGGAAACAUUUUACUUCCAUGAUGGAGGUUUACGGUAUUGAGCCUACCAUGGAGCAUUAUGGCUGCAUGAUUGAUCUUUUGAGUCGAGCAGGCCACUCCGAAGAGGCCGAGGAGCUCCUGGUGAAAAUGCCAACGCAGCCUAAUGCAACUAUCUUGAGUUCUAUUCUGAAUGGUUGUGAAAUGUAUGGAAAUGUAGGUCUUGCCAACAGAGUGAAAAGUCACAUAGUAGAGUUGAAGAAUUCUAGUAGUGGUGUUUAUGUUCUUUUGUCAAAUAUUCAUGCCAAAGCUUGUAAUUGGGAGGAAAUGAAGCUGGCUAGAGAUAUUUUAAAGCAUAAAAAAAUUGGGAAAACACGUGGGAACAGUUUUGUUGAAAUGAACUGACUGCCUUAGUAGCUGAUGCAUGUAUUGGAUUACGAAAAUUCCUUCUUUGUUUAAAUGAAAAAUCAAAUAUCUGAUACGUUAUUAGAUGAUUUUAUUAU